GCUUGUCAAAACGGGAACUCUCAACACUUAGAGCACCUGCUUUUUUAUGGUGCAGACUCCUCAUCCCAGAAUGCCUCAGGAAACACUGCCCUGCACAUAUGUGCUUUAUAUAACAAGGAGAGCUGUGCCCGCAUUCUGCUGUAUCGAGGAGCCAAUAAGGACACAAAGAAUAACAGUGGGCAGACCCCCUUCCAGGUGGCUGUGAUGUCUGGCCAUUUUGAGCUGGGAGAAAUCAUUAAAAACCAUCGUGAAUCAGACGUAGUUCCCUUUUUGGAGUCUCCAAAGUAUGCCCCCCAGAGGAGGGAGAGUUCUCGUACUCUUGGAUUGCCCCAUCCUCAUCCCUUCCUGCGGGCCAACAGUGACAAUAGUAUGAACGUGCCAGACUGGAUCGCUUUUCCCAAUGCUGCUGGAUCAAACCUAGUCUCUGUGCAGGGUCUAAAGCAUGGCGGCACCUUGCGUAGCUCCAGUAGCCCCCGUGGAGCACGAACUCGUUCCCCGUCCCGUGGGCGAACAACAGGUGACCGAGACGAUCGGAGCCGGCAAACACGGGGAAGACAAGGGGCCGGCUCUGUCAGUAGUCAGGGCACAGCUAGCGGGCAGCGGCGGCGUCUCUACAGUGCCGUGCCUGGCCGUGUGUUUGUGGCCACCCGCUCACACUCAGCCCAGGGGGACCGCGAGAUCAGCUUCAACAAGGGAGACAAAGUCAAAGGUGAAUGGGUGUGUGUGUGUGUGUGUGGACGUGCGUUGCGUGAGAGUGUGUGUCUGGGUAUGUCAGCAAGAGCGCCAUUAAAUGUUUGUUUGUUUCUGUAUGUUUUUCACAGGUGUGGAUAAACGUUGUCUGUGUAU